AUGCAAGCCGCUCUCUCCCUCACCACUCGUGAGGCUGUCGCCGACGCCCUCUACCGCGCAGUUCUUGCCUUCGACACGGACGACCAAGCCCUUCUCGACUCCGCACUCACACACGACGCAGUCUUUGACCUUGAUGGUCGCAUCAUGAAUGGCCUAGACGCAAUUCACAGCGAAUGCUUUGCCACGGUUUCCAAAUUGGACACCACCCACUUCAUCAGCAAUGUGCGUAUCAAUGUGGUCGAAGGGGCAUCUGAAGCCUCAAUGACGGCUUCUGCACUCUCUCAGCACUUCCGUCCAGGCACCGGGAAGACCCCUGGUGCGACGAACUUGAUGGGCGGCUCGCUGUACGUAAUUGAUGUUGUGAAGGAUGAGGCAGAUGGACUCUGGAAGAUGAAGAAUUGGAAGAUGAAACUCAUCUGGAGUAAUGGCGAUUGGGGCGUGAUGAGCGGGAACUGA